AUGAAUAGUCUUAACAUACGCACCUUGUUGUUCGAAGUCAAAAUAUUUCAACCAACACGACAAUAUAUUCAAUUUCAACCUUCGCAACUUUUAUAUACUCGUCAUUUUAACGCGGCAAGUUGUCGUUGUUAUCCAAAUAUCGUGGAACAAACUAGCAAUACUGGUCAAUUAUAUUAUAAACAAUAUCAAACUAAACAUAGUUCUUCUAAUUCAUUACCAAAUAAAAAUGCAUUUAUUCAAGCAUUACGCAAACAAUUUGAUGAUGUUAAAAUAAAUCAGAGAAUUGAUAAAGAAAAAAUUAAAUUAAAAUCGCAAAAAGAAGUAGUGAAAGCAAUUGGAUUAAUUAAUGAAAUGAUAACAAGAAACGCAUUGACUUAUUUAACGUCAUCACAAAUUUUAUCAUUUUAUAUAAAUUUUAAUUCAUUGUAUUCUACUAAACCAUUUUAUUUGAAUUUAAUUUCUUAUUUAUUACGUCAAUGUGCUAAAUAUGAUCGAUUAGAUUUAGUUAACAUUAUCUUUGCCAGAUUUAUUUAUGAUGUUGAUAUGAGCACAAGAAAGUAUUUACUUGGCGCUCUUGUUAUUAAAGUUUGGAAUGUUAUGUUUAAAAUAUACGCUGAUAAGGGACGACCUGAGGAAGUUAUUGGUAUGUAUAGGACGAUGUGCCAAUAUGGCACCUUGCCUAAUGUUAAAACAUAUUCAACACUAAUAAAAUCCGCAGCAAAAGCAAAUGUUCCAUAUGAAUGUUUUGAAUUUUUAGAGAAAAUUAUAUCAAAAGGUGAAAAAACCAAUUCGGAAACUUUAAAUUCUCUUUUACAAGCAUGCAUUUCUUCGGAGGAUCCAAGUAUAAAAGCAAAUGUAAAGAUGAUUCUUGAUUUAAUGUCAUAUUGGAAAGUUGGACCAAACGGUAAAACAUUUCUAAUUUUAUUACAACAUUGUAAAAGUUAUGAAGAAUUGGAAGUUAUUUGGACCAAGAUAUUAAAAUAUGGUUUAUGCGACAACAGGCAAUUACAAGAGAGGAUUAUAAAGAUUUGUUGUACACAACUUUCUUUCGAUGAGAAUAAUGAUUCAACUAUAAGAAUGUCAAAAUGUUUUGAUUACUUUUUAAGAUUUCAUCGGAUUUCAAAGGGAGAAAUUUCAUUAGGAAUUUAUAAUAAUUUAUUGAAAUAUUGCAUAAUGAAUGGAGAUAAUUCAAGAUCAAUGAGAAUAUUAGAAAUGAUGUGGGAGAAAAACUUGGAACCAAAAAAAUUGUUGUAUAAAAAUUUAUUUGAUUCGAUUCAAAAUCAUACAAACACGAUAGAUCGAUCAUAUACUUGGAGAUUAAUUGAAGGGAUAUUUUCUAAACCAAAAACAAUAAUAUUACCAAAAUCAUUAUUAAAUUCGAUGAUUUUGACUUUAGGAAGAUUACGUGAUAUUCGAGGUAUUAUGGAAUUCUAUCAGGAAAAGAUUGAUUUCUUUGACAAAAAUUACAAUAGAUUGUUGUUAGACAAGAAUCAUAAUCCUUUGGGAAAGAUAUUUAUGUUUAGGACGAAACAUGUCCCCAUGGAUGUAAAAUUAUUUAAUAUUUUUAUGAGAGCGAUAUCAGAUUGUAAAUAUGGUCCGCUAAGUUGUGCGGAAUUUAUUCAACAUACUUCGAUUGGACUUCGACCAAAUCAUAUUAGUGUAAAGUACUUAUUUGCUUCUAUACAAUCUAAAUAUGACUUUAAAUUAUUUGGAUCAGCGUUAUUUCAACUUAUUAUUAACCAAGGAAUCAUUAUUAGUAAAGAUUUAUGGGAGGAUGUAAUAAGAAAUACCAUACAAAAUAUAUCGAAAAGUGAACGGAUAAAGAUGGAUUAUAGAACCGAUGUAAUCAUUAAAUAUUUGGUCAAUGAAAUCAUUAAUGUGCAAGAAGGAAAAGAUUUAUUUGAUUGUCUUAAUAAAUUAGAAAUGUCAUAA